UUGCAAGAUGGCUGGUGUAGGUAAAGUAGCCACAAAAUUUCGCGAAAAAUUUAGUUAUGUGCAAAAAGAGGCUGUGCAAUGGUUUCCUGGACACAUGGGGAAGGGUCUAAAACAAAUGAAUCAGCAAUUGAAGAACGUAGACUGCGUUAUAGAGGUACACGAUGCAAGAAUACCAUUAACCGGUCGUUUCACUGAGUAUCGGAAUACAAUAUGCGGCCUGAAGCCUCAUAUAUACGUUUUGAAUAAGAAAGAUCUAGCCGACAUGAGUCAGACAGCGACAAUCUGCGCAAAGCUCAAACAUAUUGGAUUGGAGCAUGUACUCUUCACCAACUUUCGUGAUCAUCAAUGUUCGGGGACUAAAAAACUUUUGCCACUUGCUACUAAAUUAAUAACGCAAUCUAAUCGUUAUAACAGAUCAGACAGCGAAGAUUUUGCAAUAAUGGUAAUAGGCGUACCCAAUGUUGGCAAAUCCUCGCUGAUAAACAAGCUGAGGAAUAAACAUUUAAACAAGAAAAAUGCUACACCAGUUGGCGCUGUACCUGGCAUCACCAGAUCCGUUCUUACUCGCAUAAAAAUAAGUGAAAACCCUCCUGUCUACCUUCUCGACACUCCUGGAAUUCUAGAACCUCAAAUUCGUGACAUUCAUACAGGAUUGAAAUUAGCCGCCGUUUGCUGUCUGCAAGAUCAUUUGGUGGGAAUCCAAACCAUAGCUGACUAUGUUCUCUACUGGAUGAACAAGAAUCAGCGAUUGGAAUAUGUCAGUGUUCUUGGCUUGUCAAAACCAACGGAUGAUAUAGUUGAAGUUCUAACCAUUGUUGCUGUUCAAAUGGGAAAACAAUUGAAACUGAAAGGUGUCGACGGACGUUUAAUAACCAGGCCUGAUUAUCGAAGUGCUGCCGAACAUUUUCUUAAACUUUUUCGUACAGGUGCAAUGGGCCCUGUGUGUUUGGAUCUAGACUUUGUCAGUGGUGACCAAAAUCACGACGCGUAGUUUCCUCAUGGUAGAAUAGAGUUUUUUAACAAUUCAUGUAUACAGCCUGCGUCGAGAUAUAUUUUAUCAAUAACAUUUGUUAUUAUUUGCUGAUAUUCAAUUUUAUAAGUACCAAAUAGUUGUACAAAUAAAUAGUUUAUUUCGCUAUACAAGACACCAUGCGUUUGUUCAGGAAAUCAUUAGCACAUCCUAGAUUUACACAGCUAUAAUAAUAAAUUAAAGGAUUAAUUAAUUAUUGCGGAUGCUGGGAGAAAGAUGGUGAAAAAUAGGAAUUAUCAGAGCGGAAUAAUCACGCGAUUCUUGUACCUUCUUCUAUUAUUCAUAUCCUCCGACUUACUUGAAGUUUGGACAAAAUUUUUAAGUAAUAUUUAACAUCUUACAAAUGUAAGUAUCGUUAUGUCUUUCUGUUAGAAUAAAACGAACAUUGGUUGACACAAAA